AGAAAAUUCAAGUCAAAGGUGAAGCGGAGAGAACUUGCAACACAUGGCAGCCUUGCAUCCGUCGCGCGCGUGAGCGUCAUCGGUUUCGCGGUCCUUUGCCUCGGAGCUCCUCUUUCUUCGCUCGAUCCGAGUGAGGGUGAGGCGAAGGCCGAGACUGCUGCAAAGCCUCGCGGUUCUUGGGGAUCUCGCGCGGGCUCGGCAAGCCGCUCCUCCCAAUAUGAGGACAAAGAAGAUGUUUGGUUUCUCAAUUUCUCUUAUCCUCAUCAACCUAGCUUCCAUAAUGGAGCGGGCGGAUGAGAAUCUCCUACCAGCUGUUUACAAGGAAGUCAGUGCUGCUUUCAAUGCUGGCCCUACUGAUCUGGGGUACCUUACGUUUCUAAUGAACUUUCUCAAGUCAAUAGGAUCUCCCUUGGCAGGUGUCCUUGCUCUUCAGUAUGAUCGCCCUGCAGUUCUUGCUAUAGGGACUGUCUUCUGGGCUGUAUCAACAGGAGCUGUUGGUGUCAGCCAGUAUUUUCAGCAGGUUGCAUUCUGGAGAGCUGUGAAUGGUCUUGGACUCGCCAUUGUAAUACCAGCACUUCAAUCCUUCAUUGCUGAUAGCUACAAAGAUGGUACACGAGGUGCAGGGUUUGGCUUGUUAAGCCUCAUUGGUUCAAUAGGCGGUAUAGGAGGAAGUAUUAUAGCAACAAUCAUGGCUGGUAGGGACUACUGGGGAUUGGCAGGAUGGAGGUUUGCAUUUAUAAUGGUUGCAUUUGUUAGCUUGUUAAUUGGGCUUCUCGUCUACUUUUACACGGUUGAUCCUAGAAGAACUUCGCCAAGCCAUUUUGGUGACGACGAGGACCACCAUGAGAGGUCACAUCUGGUCAGUAAUGGUAUUUUUCCUCCACAGUCCAUCUGGAAGGAUUCAUGGAUAGCAGCAAGAUCUGUCAUGAAAGUGCGAACAUUUCAAAUCAUUGUCUUGCAAGGCAUAGUUGGGUCAUUGCCAUGGACUGCAGUAGUUUUUUUCACGAUGUGGUUUGAGCUCAUUGGUUUUGACAACAGCAGUUCAGCAGCGCUAAACAGCCUGUUCGCGAUCGGUUGUGCCAGCGGAUCGUUUCUAGGUGGAGUAAUCGCUGACCGUCUAUCAAAACACUAUCCGGAUUCAGCUCGCAUCAUGUGUGCUCAGUUCAGUGCCUUCAUGGGCAUCCCUUUCUCCUGGAUCCUCCUUACAGUCAUUCCUCAAUCAGUCGAGUACUGGUCCGCCUUCGCCGUCACUCUCUUUCUGAUGGGGAUCACCAUAAGCUGGUGCGCAACCUGCGCAAACAACCCCAUGUUCGCAGAGGUAGUCCCUCCCAAGCACCGCACCAUGGUCUAUGCCUUCGACCGCGCAUUCGAGGGCUCAUUCGCCUCACUGGCUGCUCCUGCUGUUGGCAUGGUCACUGAGAAGAUCUAUGGCUACAAUGCCAAGACUGUCAAUCUGGCAAAUGGAUCGGUGGCAGGGGCGUAUGCACUCUCGAGAGGGCUGCUGACUAUGAUGAUUGUUCCCUUUGGUCUGUGCUUCCUGUUCUACAGCCCACUGUACUUUGUUUUCAGGCGCGAUCGAGAGAAUGCCAGAUUGGCUACUGUCAAGGAGCAGGAGCUAACAUGACCAUCAAAUGCUUGCUUUGCUCAUCAGGGUUCAGGAGUGAUGGGGUUCAGUGACCAACAGUUACUGCCAGUGUCUCAUUUUUGGCACCAAACUGAAAAUUUCUGUUCAGAGUUGGAAUGGUGUAGGUAGGAAUACGGUUUCUACUUUCUUUUUUCAGGCAUAUAAGAAGACCACAGGAAUACACGAUAAAUUGUUGUAUAAUUAUUACUAUAUGAAGACUCCAGAGGGAAGAAA